AAGUUUUCAAGCCAUCCCUAGACUCUGUAAACAAGGAUAGGCUAAAAGUUGUGAAAUUUUGUGCCUUUUAGAUUUUUGCCAUCUCAGUGCUGAUGGUUGCGGUUAGUAGCAGUGGUUAGGCUUUGAACUAGUAGUGGAGAUAGAAUUUACUGUCAUCAGUAACAUCAAGUGGUGCUUUUAUGUCGGAACGAAGCAAAAUCUGCCACUUCAAAAUAAUGACCUGUCUCUCAAUUAAGAUCACUGAGAUUAGUGUUGGUUUAUGACAAGAACAAGUCACAGAUUCUAGAUUUAGCACAGCAGCGCCAGUGUUGUGUGUUGUGUAGUGGUAGUGGUGACCUUAGGUGGUUUAUAAAUAAACAUUUUGUUAUUUAAUUGAUUUAUUGUGUGCACUAGAUGUUACUAUCAUAAAACAAGAUGAACGUGAUAUAUAAAUAUUGUGACAAUAUAAUACUCAACUUUUUGGUGUAGAACAAGUGUUAUCACUGUUGGCGUCGCCAGAUUUUUUGUGGUUUAAGUCUACAAAAUAAACUAUGGCAUCGGUGGAUACUGUAAAAGUAUCGGUGGUUACCGACCGUACCCCUAAUAUUAUUUCGUGUUCAAAUAGUUUUACAGCUGAGGAAUUGUGCAUACUUUUAUGCAAGAAGUAUAACAUACCACCUCUGACGCGCACUUUAUUUGCAUUAAGAGUCAAAGGCACUGAUUAUUUCCUUAAAGAUAACUGUCUGGUUCUUGCUAGCUCUCGCGAUUAUGAUUUAAGAAUUCGUUUCAAGGUACCAAGGCUUGGACUACUAAUAACAUUGGAUGAAACAACAUAUGACUAUUAUUUUCAACAAGCUCGGAAUGAUGUCAAUGAAAACAAGGUACAAGAAAUCAAGUAUCCAGAGCACAAACAAGAAUUACUCGGAUUGGGCAUUGCAGAUAUGACUCGAGCAAUUUUAGAGGAGAAGCUUCCGCUGAAUGACGUUGUUAGAAAUUACAAGAAAUAUAUUCCUAAAGUUAUUGUAAGGAGACAUGGACCAUUUCCGAAAAAAUAUGCUCAUGAAUAUCUUCCACAAUUAUGCUCCGUGGGUCAUAAUGUCAACUAUGUUAAAAAUCUCUACCUACAACAAUUAUAUGGUUUGGCGCCUAAUUACCUGUCAGAGGAAUAUGAUAAUGUUUUAUGGCAAAAUGGCGGUGAUGUAAUACCUGUGCGGCUUAUCGUGGCUCCUUUUCAUCCGCAUCAUCCUGGAAUUAGACUCUACAAUACCUUAAAACGUGAUUGGUUUCAUGUUUGUACAAUAGAAGAAUUAAUUUAUCUAACAAGAAAUGGUGAUAAUUCCGUAGAAGUAUCUAGAAGAGGUACGCCAUUGUUUUUUAAAUUCAAAACCGAAGAACAACUUUCGACGUUUAUAUCAAUAUGUGAUGGUUACUACAGGUUAAUGGUAAAAUGGACGUUCAAUUUAUCGAAAGACGACGAGACGCCUUCUUUAAAAGAAUUGCAUAGGAUAAAAUGUCACGGUCCAGUUGGGGGAGCAUUUUCUUAUCGUAAAUUAGAAGAAAAACGCGGGAAGAAACAUGGAUGUUACAUAUUAAGGCAAUGUCAAGAUGAUUACAACGUAUUUUAUCUCGAUGUUUGUACAAAAAACAGCACAACAGAAACAUACAGGUUGGAAUUCAAAGGGCACUGUUACAUUUUUAAUAAGGAAGAAUAUUUUAGUAUUGAAAGACUUGUCAGCUGUCAUCAGAACCCUGAAGGAAGGAUAUAUCUCAAUGAAUGCAUUCCUCCAUCGGAAUAUGAUAAAUCUCAGUUACUUCUGUGUGGAGAGCCUGUGAAGAAAGGAGUUCGUAUAGACCAAGCUGAGUUGCAGGAAAUACUUAAAGAUAAUAGGAGCCCUCGAUGUCUGCCUAACAAAGAUAUACUCUUAUAUACAGGAUCUGAGAAGAUGGGUUCAGAGAAUAUAACAGCAACAUACAAAGCAUUGUGGAAACUUGAUGAAACGAAAAAACUUGUCGUUGCUUUUAAAACUCUACAAAGGGAUAAAGCUGCGGAUUACUUAAAGGAUUUUAUAGAACUGGCCAGUAAGUGGGCUUGUGUGCAGUCCAGCUCGAUAGUAAGACUGUACGGAGUGACUCUGAGCUCGCCCACAGCUAUGGUGCUGGAAUACUUGCCUUAUGGACCAUUUGAUGAUUAUCUACGUGCGCGCGGCGAGGCGGUGCGGCCGCUGCAGCUGAAGAAGGUGUGCGCGGGCGUGGCGCGCGCGCUGUGGGACCUGUCGGAGGCGGGCGUGGCGCACGGCGGCGUGCGCUGCCGCCGCCUGUUGCUGGCCGCCGCCGCGCACGACCGCCUGCUCGUCAAGCUGGCCGGGCCCACGCUACGUCAAUACACACAACAAGACGUCCAUUGGAUACCUGUAGAAUUCUAUUCGGAUUUGAACCUGGCGAAGAGAUCUGUCAUAGCGGACAUCUGGGCGUUCGCGACCACAUUAUGGGAGAUAUUCUCUUACGGACAAUCUCCCAAUGACACCAAUCCGGUGUUGACAGCAAGGAGCUACGAGAUGGGCGACCGGCUGCUGCGGCCGGCGCGCUGCCCGGGCGAGGUGUGGGCGCUGAUGCGGCAGUGCUGGCAGUCCGACCCGCUGCGUCCGCAGGAGAUCAUGCGGGACAUGAACCACAUGCUGCACAGAGAAUACGUGCCAAUACAUACAUAUGAGGAACCAAAGAUCUCUCUUGACCAUUUGGAGCAUGCAGACACUGUUUCAAGUGACAGGUUCAUACCGAGUGAGCUGAGCGACGCGGGCAGCAACAAGUCGCUGAUAUCUGUGGAUAGCAGUGUGCCGUCUAUGAAUGGUACUAUGUCGGACUCCUAUGACAAUCCUUUCUCGGACAACAAAUCAUCGAACUCUCUGGAGAAUAUGAACGCGCUGGCGUACGCGUUGCGCGGCGCGGGCAGCGGGGCGAGCGGCGCGGGCAGCGCGGGCAGCGGCGGCAGCGGGCGCAGCAGCGCGUGCGGCGCGGGCGACGAGCGCGACGAGCUGGCCGCCUGCGCCGCGCCGCGCCUCAUGGAGUCCAUCGUGUCGCAAGGGAAGACGUACCUCGUCACGCUCACCAAGAAGAUUGGCAGCGGUAACUACGGGCACGUGUACAAGGGGUGGAUGGAGCGCGACAAUCAGGAAUCUCAGAGGAAGGAGGUGGCGGUGAAGAAACUCACUCGACAGGCUUCCGAAAGAAAUGGAAAUUUGUAUGAAGAUUUUAAGAAUGAAUUGGAAAUUAUGAAGUCCUUACAGCAUAUAAACAUCGUGGAGAUCCUGGGCUACUCCUGGGACCACGGCUCCGAUGUGCUGAUCGUGAUGGAAUACCUGGAGGAGGGCUCCCUCAACUACUACCUCAAGUUCCAAGGCGAUAAGCUGCGGAUAUCACAUCUACUUAAAUACGCUAAGGAUAUCGCCACAGGCAUGGACCACGUGUCCGCGAAGAGCGUGGUGCACCGCGACCUGGCGACGCGCAACAUCCUCGUCGUCAACAAGUACCACGUCAAGAUCUCCGACUUCGGCCUCGCCAGGAUCAUCCCCAAGGAGGAGAGCGCCUACAGGAUCAAGACGGAGCGCCUGCUGCCUAUUAACUGGUACGCGCCGGAGUCUGCGGUGGAGCCGUGGCACUUCUCUACGAAGAGCGACGUGUGGUCGUACGGCGUCACCGCCUGGGAGAUCUUCUCCCGCGCCAGGCACGAGGUGCCCAAGUUCGACGUGGACCGGCCCCGCGACCGCGCCUCAUGUUUCCAAAUCCCUGAAGGCUGCCCUUCGGAGAUAUUCCGUCACCUGAUGAAGGACUGCUGGACCCUGGACCCCAACCUCAGGCCCAAGUUUAUAGACCUCGUUCACAUGUGUAAGAGAUUUAUGGACGAAUAUAAAUGAAUUAAAGGAUAUCUGAAUUAUUGCUAAUGGAUAAUUAUGUGGUACCAAGGUAAUUAAACAACGAUUUAAAACUUUUAAUUAUGACGGAUUUUAUAUAAUUACAUUUUUAAUUUAUUUUUAUAUAAACUGAUUUUUUUGUCGACUCAAUUAUAUUAAAAUUUGUAUUAUAUGCCUUUGAUAUAAGAUUUCUAUGUAACGAUGUUUUAAUGAUUUGUUUACAGGAAGUGAUUAAAAUUUUUAUCAAAUGAUUAAAUUUAAAUCGACUACUUAUAUGUAAAUA